AUGUCGAAUUGGAUCGGUUACGCCGUCUCUGUAAACUGUGGUGAACCCCUUGGUUGCUAUCAAGGGACAAUUUUAGAGACUGAUGGCACUACAAUAACUCUGACAAAAGCUUUUAGGAAUGGCUUUCCCUACCCAAAAUCAAAAGUCACUCUUAAUGCUGCUGAUAUAAAGGAUCUAAAGAUAAUUGAAGAGUCACAUUCUCAGCCAGUUAAGCAAACUCAUAGUACAGUGGCUGUCACAAAGAACAAUAAAAAGGGUCAGCGUGCAACAGUAUGUGAAAACUUGCAAGCCAAUCCGUCUAGUUUACCUUGUACAGUUAGCAAUCAACAAAAUACAAAUAUUUUGAAUACUGCUCAUGUAACAAAGACUGCAUCUGUACGAGGGGGAGGAACAGGACCAACAAGGAGCAAGCCGAUUGAUAUUCAGGGAUCUAAAAACAAUAAGAACAUCAGCCAUUCUGGCAGCUCGGGCGCGGCCGGCUCGACGCCGAAGGGGCGCGCGCCCGGCGAGAAGGCGCGGCGCCGCAACGAGGCGUGCUUCGGCGACGCCGCGGAGCCCGCGCUGCUGCGCGACUUCGACUUCGAGGGCAACCUCGCGCUCUUCGACAAGCAGGUGAGGUGGCGGCGGGCGGCGCGACCGGCCCGAGUGGGUGGCAGGGGGAGGGUACCGUACUGUGUGUCUUCGGCCGCGCAGGCGCUGUGGGAGGAGAUGCGCAGCGGCGCGGCGCGGCCGGACGUGGUGCGCGGCGCCGACGAGGCGGGCGCGCGGCUGCGCCACGACGAGAGCGUGCUGGGCGCGCGCGCGGCCGAGCGCGGGCCCGCCAUCGAGCUGCCCGAGGAGCUGCGCGGCGGCGUGCAGUACCGCACCGAGGCGGGCGCCGCGGUGCCGGCCGCCAGCGCGGCGCUGCGCCGGCGCCUGUGGGCGGCGCUGCGCGGCGCGGCGGCCGAGGCGGCGCGCGUGCUGCUGGCGCGCGCCGCGGCCGACGACGUGGCGCUGCGGCUGGUGGGCGGCGGCCGCCGGCUGGAGCGGCGCAACGCGCACCAGGCGCCCGUGUGCGUGGCGCUGGCGGGCGCGCACCGCUUCGGCGCCGCCGCCGUGCUCGCCGCUCGCUUGCUGCACUCGCACGGCGCCCGCGCACACGUCUUGGUCGCGGGGUCGGAGGAGGCGGUGGCGGCGUGCGGCGAGCUGCAGCGCGAGCUGAGCGCGCUGGCGGAGAGCGGCGUGGGCGUGGGCCCGGCGCCGCCCAGCCCCGACCUGGUGCUGGUGGCGCUGCACGACCCGGAGGGCGGGGCGGGCGGCGGAGGCGGCGGAGGGCGCGCUGGCGUGGGCGCGCGGCGCCCGGGGCGCGCUGCUGGCGCUGGAGCCGCCGGGCGCCGGCUGGGCGGGCGUGAGCGCGCGCGCCAGCGUGGUGGCGCUGCUGCCGGGCGCGCUGGCGCCGUCGCUGGGCCGCGUGUUCCUGGCCAACGUGGCGCCGCCGCCGCACCUGUUCCGCGGCCUGCGCUACCGCUCGCCCUUCGGCGCCGGCAGCCUGCUGCCGCUGCACCCCGACGAGCCCGACGAGCCCGCCCAGCCCGCCUGACUUUCGCCCGCGCGCUU